AUGGCCACAGCAAAGAUGAAUUCUCACACAAGCUCCGGGCCAAGAACACCCCAGUUGGUGACGGAGGGGGAUGCUUUGGACAAUAUGGCUUCACUCUCACCUGAGAAAUUCGAUCCAGGGUGGCUUUUCUACACUGCAUUCAUCAGCCUCUGCAUCAUCACUCUUGCGGUGGCACUGGAUGCGACUUCGCUUUCUGUCGCUCUUCCGAUUAUCGCCUCGUCCCUUCGCGGCGAUGCCCUCUCGGCAUUCUGGUCGGGUACAUCAUUCCUACUCUGUUCUACCGUCUUCCAACCCACCUUCGCCUCCCUCUCCCAUACUCUCGGCCGCAAACCCCUCAUGCUCCUCGCUCUGUGUCUUUUCACUGUCGGAUCAAUUGUCGGAGCGCUGGCGCAGAACUUCACCACCCUCAUCAUUGGCCGCUGCAUUCAAGGCACUGGGGGAGGCGGCAUCAUUUCUCUGACUGAGAUCCUGAUCACGGACCUCGUCCCGCUGCGACAGCGGGGUAAGUGGUUUGGCUUCCAGAGCUUGACAUGGGCCAUCGGCUCGGUCACAGGGCCAAUAAUCGGUGGCGCCUUCGCCCAGGAAGCCUCCUGGCGUUGGAUCUUCUGGAUUAACCUUCCCUUUUGUGCUCUUGGUUUCCUCACCCUUCCAUUCUGCCUGCGACUCCACCACCGCCCAGGCAGGAUUGUUCACAAACUUCUCCGCUUCGACUGGCCCGGUGCCGUCCUUCUCACGGCAUCCACAACAUCAUUCCUGAUACCCAUUUCAUGGGGUGGCGUACUCUUCCCUUGGUCCUCUUUCCGUACCCUCGUCCCUCUCAUCUUCGGCAUCGCGGGCAUUCUCGGUUUCAUUCUCUUCGAAGCUUUCAAGGCGGAAUCAGCCUUGAUCCCCAUGCGCAUCUUUGCCAACCGCACAGCAGCCGCCAACUACUUUGGCACGUUCGUCCACGGCAUUGUUCUCUGGUGUCUGCUCUACUAUCUUCCACUCUACUACGAGGCUGUAAAAGCGUACAGCCCCAUCAUUGUCGGCAUCGCUGUCUUCCCAGAGACCUUCACCGUCGCACCAGCAUCCAUCAUCGUCGGAGUGCUCGUUAGCAUCACGGGCCGCUUCCGUUGGGCCAUCUGGUCUGGAUGGGCGCUUACGGUACUGGGUAUGGGUCUGCUGUACCUGCUGGGGCCCGAGACAAGCGUUCCUGCUUUUGUCUUCCUAAAUCUAGUGCCUGGAUUGGGCAUGGGAUUGUUAUUUUCGAGCAUGAACCUAGCUAGCCAGGCCGCAGCGCUAGAGCGUGAUGUAGGUUUCGCAGCAGCCAUGUACAUUUUCACACGCUCAUUGGGCCAGGGCGUUGGUGUUGCGGUUGGUGGCGUUGUAUUUCAGAGCCAGUUUGCCAUACAGCUUAGGAAAUAUGAGACUGUUGCAGGGAACGCAACCGAGCUGGCGAGGGAUGCGGCCGGCUUAGUCCAGGUAAUCAAAACCAUGCCGGAGGAUGCGACGGAGAGAAGGUCGAUCGUGACCGCGUAUGCAGAGGCUUUGAAGGUUGUAUGGGUGACUAUGGCCGGGAUCGCAUUUAUGGCAUUGGUCUUCAGUCUGGCGACUAAGGGGCUGAGUCUGGACAGGAAGAUGGAGACAGAGCAGGGAUUGAAGGAGAAGAAACGGGGAGGAACUUACAACGAGAGUGGCCAGUAA